GAAAAAAAAUGGCCCAACUGUCAUCACGAAUGCUGCAACAAUUUUCAAGAAUUGUGACACGAGGGUCAGCAUUCAAAGCAUUUCACACGCACCAGAAUUUAGCAGCUGGGAAAUGGAACAUUGGCAAGAUCAAUCAUGUGGCAAUAGCAACUCCUGAUAUUGAAAAGGCAGCUUCAAUGUUUAGAGAUGUUCUGGGAGCCAAAGUCAGCGAGAAGCAUCCUCAGCCAGACCAUGGAGUAUAUACAGUAUUUGUUGAGCUAGGAGAAACAAAGAUUGAGCUCUUAAAUCCAUUAGGAGAUAAAAGUCCAAUUCAGAACUUCCUGGACAAAAACAAAAGUGGUGGUAUGCACCAUAUUUGCAUUGAGGUUGAUAAUAUAAAUGAAGCAAUGAAGGAUCUAAAAUCUAAGGGUAUUCGACUUUUAAGUGCAGAGGCCAAGAUAGGAGCCCAUGGUAAACCUGUGGUUUUUCUGCAUCCUAAAGACUGCAAUGGUGUUUUAGUGGAACUAGAACAAGUGUGAAGCUAUAAUGCUUUUGGUGUACAUGAAGUAAUUGUUUUAAUGAUUUGAGUUGACAGAACAGCUUGUGUAUUUGAAAUAUAAGGUUUGCUUCCAGAUAAAUGUUUACAGUGCUGUGUGACUUUGGUACAUAUGUACAUGUAUAUGUCAUUUGCUGUAUAAUCCUGUGGCUAAAUAAUUUUUACAUUUAUAUAUAACAUAGUAAAUACAUAUGUUGUUUUACAUUUGCUGUAAUAAUGAACAUGCACUUGUGGUAUUAAAUAUGCAAUGCAGUAGGAAUUUCAAAUUAAAGAAUAAUUAAUACUUGUAUACCACAAACCGCAAUUUCAAUUUUUCAGGUAUGAUUCUCCAAAAGGGAUACAGAGCAAAUUUUAUUUAGAGCAAUUAUGAAAUUAUGAUUAUAAUAUUCAUAUGUUAUUGAGAUUAGAUUUGGUGUACAUGUAUUGCCGCAUUGAUACUGUAAGUAUCAAGUGAAAAAUGUGUAACAGUGUUAUAUGAACUUUCUUUAUAAUUUGUCAUAUAGUCUAGGGACAACCAGGUUUGUAUUAUGCAUAAUUUAUCUCUGAAUUCACAAUUUUGACAAAUAAAUAGUGCUUUGUUGUA